AUGGCAAAAUCGACUCGAUCCAAGGUCAAGCGGCACUUCCGCGCAAAGAAGCGGACAGAGGGUGUCUACGCCGCCGUCGAGGCUGCGCGGCUGAACCGUCUGCACAACAAACUGAAGGUCCUCACGACGCGCGACGGCGAAGAGGACGCCCAUUUCCCGGAGGAGGCCGCCGACGAGCAGGGUGCGGAGCAGCUAGGUUGGUCGUGGUUCGCACAUUUCGGGCUGUAUGACCCGGCGGAUGUCACGCCAGAAUGCCUGCACGCUCUAGAUGCGCUCGUGCACAGGACGGUGCCCGCCGCCUCGAGCGGGAGCAGCGCGCUGAGACGCCGUGCUGGGAGCGACGGGGCGCACGCCUCGCGCGCGGGUGGUAGAGAGUACGCCGAUGCGCAGUUCGGUCAUCUGUUCCCGAGCCCUCCUCGCCUCGACGUCGGUUCUGGAGCGAUGGCUGAUCCCUGA